GUGAUGCCACGAAACACGUGACCGACCAAUCAACUAAUGACUCUCGCACCCUUCUUUCUUUCUCUGUAACCAUCCCACACGACACAAACACAAUCCUCUGAACCUCUCUCUCUCUCUCUCUCUGCCUCCUAUGGCUGUUGCUUCUCAUUGCAGCGUUAACACUCCGAGUAGUGUUCUUCCCCUCCUCACCUCAACUUUCUCGAAGCCCCUCUUCUCCAUAGUUCCCCUCUCUUCCCGAACCCAUAAACGAAGUCAUAUAAUCAGCUCCGUUGCAGAGGAUCGUGAGGUAGUUCCUGUUUCAGAAGACAGAGGAGCACGUUUACACGAACUUGAAGGGCUUUCACCUUCCAAGGUUGACACAGAUGUUGCUCGUGAUUCUGAUCGUGUCACCUUCACAAGCAGUACCAUCAAUGCCAUCAUCGUUUUGGGGUUUGGGACUUUUGUUGUCACCAAAUUGCUCACGAUUGACCAUGAUUACUGGCAUGGUUGGACCCUUUAUGAGAUACUAAGGUAUGCACCUGAACACAACUGGAUUGCCUAUGAGCAAGCUCUGAAAGCAAACCCGGUUUUAGCUAAAAUGGCAAUAAGUGGGGUUGUCUACUCAAUUGGAGAUUGGAUUGCUCAGUGCUAUGAAGGAAAGCCUAUUUUUGAGUUUGAUCGGACACGAUUAUUCAGAUCAGGUCUUGUUGGGUUUACUCUCCACGGAUCUCUGUCUCACUAUUACUAUCAACUUUGUGAGGCUCUUUUUCCUUUCAAAGAGUGGUGGGUUGUCCCUGCUAAAGUUGCUUUUGACCAAACUGUAUGGGCAGCAAUUUGGAACAGUAUCUACUUUGUGGUUUUGGGAUUGUUGCGUUUAGAACCUCUGACAAACAUAUAUGCUGAACUCAAGUCAACAUUUUUGCCCAUGCUUACUGCAGGGUGGAAGCUUUGGCCUUUUGCCCAUCUGAUUACCUAUGGUGUGGUUCCUGUGGAGCAAAGGCUUCUUUGGGUGGACUGUGUGGAGCUCAUCUGGGUCACAAUACUUUCAACCUAUUCAAAUGAGAAAUCAGAAGCCCGAAUAUCUGAGGCAGUAUCAGAAACAAGUUCAUCUGCUUCAAACCAGAAUUCUAAGGAAUAAACGAGUUGAAAAUAGGAAGACAAAACUAUCUAAGGUUCAUGGCAGUUACAAGGGUCAUCAAUCAUGCAAAAGCUUUCGAUAUCUUGACUUAAAUAUCGAAAAAUGUAUAAGUUGAAGGUCCAAUUGAACGACCUUAGAAACGUGAGUUUGUUAUCUGCUGCACAUACAGGAUACAAUUAUACAGGUUGUGCAUCCUUCUGCUAUGAUGAACUGUUCGGGUUGCUCUGAUGUGAUACAUAGAUGAUUGUAUAUAUAAAUAACAAUCGUUAGAUGCAUGAAAAUCAACGGACAAGAUUUGGUGUAAGUUGAUCAUAUAUAUUCAUUUGUAAGUAAAUUCUAUCAUGCAG